GACAUUAUUUCUUAUUUAUAGACUGUUUGGAGCUAUUUAAAAAUGGCACAAGAACAGACGGAGUUUAUUCCAUCUCACCAGAUGGAAGAUGUCCUUUCUUUGUGUAUUGCGACAUGACGAACGGGGGUUGGACUUUGAUCCAGAAUCGGAUUGACGGUAAAGUAAACUUUUAUCGGCCAUGGAAUGAUUACGUUAGUGGGUUUGGUGAUAUCGAUGGCUCUCACUGGUUAGGCUUGGAGAAAAUUCACCGUCUGACUCGAGAUGGCAGUCAGAUACAUUUUAAUAUAGAGAAUUAUGAUGGUACAAAGGAUUAUGAGCAAUACCAAGUGUUUACCGUUCAAGGAGCGGCAACUGCAUACACAUUGAACGUAGAUGCCUUUAAUUAUGAGGGUAGCAUAUGCGAACUACUGAGUUACCAUAACAAUAUGAAAUUCUCGACUUAUGACAGGGACAACGAUAUUUGGCCAAGCAAUUGCUGUGUCGAGGAGUCAGACGGUGGGGGAUGGUGGUACAAAGAAUGUUACAAGUUGGGAAACAUGAAUGGGGUAUUUGGUAAAACCUCACAAGGUGGUAUUGGCUACAGGACCACAAAGAAUAUACUGAUAAAAAAGGUUACAAUUAAGCUGAAAAACAUAAAUGGUCAAUGUUUAACUCAGAAGUAGCAAUGCCAUUUUCUCAUUUACUUUACAAUUACAAAGCUUUUAACGAAGAACUCAUGAUAUUGAAGUCGUGUAUUAUGAAAUUUUAACACUAAAAUUUUCAAUGAAAAAUAUCUGUUUUUAUUUCAUUAAGAAAUUAUAUGAAGUCCAACAUGUCAGUAAAGAAGU